AUGAACAACUACUACCCAUACGGGUACUCACCGUACCCAGGGCAGCCUCCCAAUCAACCCUACGGCUUCCCGACCGCACCGCCGUUUCCCACGCAGACUUAUCCUCCGCCCGCGAACCACGGGUUUGAUGCCUACCCUCAACCUCACGAUCCGUACGAAGCCAGCCAGAACAUAAUUCCUGGCCUAGGCUUUGCUCCUCCGGCUCAGGCAUUCGGCUGGCAGCAACCCAUGCAGACGCCACAAGUACCGCACCCAUCGCAGGCACAUCAGACGUCCGCGAUCGCGCCCGCACCCGUACCCGCACCAGCACCAUUGCCUCAGCAGCAUUUGCCUUCUCGAGAAGAGCCCAAGCUGAUCCCCGCUUCUCAAUACUAUCAGCCCGCAGACACUUCUCUGAAGGCAUCUAUGUCUCGAACUUCCGCACCAUCUGGUGGGGUCCGUCCGCCCGCGGCUAAGAAAAUAGCGAAGGGCACAGAGGACGCCGAGGAGGGCGAGCUCAGCGAGGGUGAAUUUGACGAUUUGUACGAACCAGCAGAGACCAUCAUGGGCACCGCUCCUUCCCACACAAUUGGCAAAGCUCCCUCGAAUGCGACAGUCAACCACGGUCGUAACGCCGCCGCAUCGGUCUGGCACAGUGGUCCGAGUGAGCAUAGGCGGGCGGCAAGCCCUGAAGCUCUGGACGCAACUGGGCGGGAACGAUCGGGCUCCUACUCUCCCCACCUGUCACCUCACGAAAUGGCCCCCGCUGUUGUCGACAAUCGCCAACCCAAUACCAACGGCCUGUCAAGACAGUCCGCUGCGCCUAGUAUGGCCGCGACAAGUCACACCGCCGUUGAAGAUGCUAGGAAGAAGGCCCAUGCUGCUAUCCUUCACCUCUUUCCAUUGGGCGUCCGCUUCCAACAAUUUGUGGACGCAGGCAUCGAUGAGACGGUUCUCAAGAACCUCUUCACGGAGCUUGGUCUGGAUAUCAGCAGUCCGCCCCUACCAGCUAUUCCAGGCACGUCUGUUCCUCAGGCGUCGGGAGGGUCACACUCUCCAGCGCAAGCAGCCUUGAAGCCUUCCGGUACCCAAACCCCUGCGGCAUCAAAUCAACCAGUAUCCGCCGCCAAGUCAGCCGGCGAAGAGAGAAAGGACCGGAUAGCUCGUCUAUUGGCUGCGAAAAACGCAAAGGCUGCCCCUACUCACACGUCGGCUGAUGGUCCUCAAGUUGAUCCAAAGACGAAAAGCGACAAGGAAGUCCUUCAGCAGCAAAAGAUGGAAGCCUUGCAGAAAUCUCGCGAUGCACGUGCUCAUAAGGCGGCUGUUCGCAAAGAUUCAUUGCAGGCUCCUUCCGAAGGGACAUCGCCAUCUACCACACGACCUCCUGCUGCCAAAGUUGCACCUGCUGCUGAGGCACUUCCGACAAACUUACCCCAACAGCCCGAGCCAGCAUCCGCAUCAACGUCAGCUAUUCCAGGUCUAUUCAUGUCCGCAGCUCAACCCGCAGCCCGAAACCAACGAAAGCGACCCGUAGCUGCUAACUUCAUCACGGAUACACAAUCACAUAAGCGUCCUUUCGGUUACCACCGCCAAGAAAUGCCAUUUGUCAUCGAUGUCAGUGACGCAUCGGAUGACGAGGAUGUCGAGAUGGAGAUAGGAUCUCCCACGGACGAAUCUACAGGCAUUCAGCAGGCCACCCCGUCGAACAACACGGCAUCAUUCCGCGAAUUCCCUCCUCUGACGGACGGUCGCCCCCAACUUAGCCCAGGCCCUAGCAACGUCGCUACUCCUCAGUCAGGAAUCAUUGCUGCCCCGCCAAAGCAAGGACAUCUCGAAGUUAUGGACAAACAGAUUGAGGCGAUGAAGCGGAAGAUUGCACUGGCCGAAGCCAAAAGGAGGCUGAAGGCUUCUAUGAACGGGCAGGCGUCUGGUCCCAAGUCUAAUGGGCAAACGCCAGAGGCUGCUGCCGAGUCGGAUGUGGGCAAACCAAACAUGAGACGGGUCCAGUCCAUGGGCGCGUCCGGUGCAUCUGAUCAGCCCAGCGGCGAUUCUUCGCCAGUGGUCGCCGAAGCGAGCAGCUCGAUGCGCCUGCCCAAACCGUCGGAGAACAAAAUCCAGAAUGCUUCCAUCAGGGCUGAAAAGCGCCGCGCAGUUAGUACCAGCCUGCCUCUCGUCGAAAGCAGGCUGCAGGCGAAGAAGAGCAAAUUGCGUCUGCUGCAAUCCCAGAUGACGCGCUUGCAAAAGGAGAUAGAGGAGGAUGACGCGGAGAGAGAGAAGUUGGCCCGAGAGAUGGAACAGAUGGAACAAGAUUCCGAUGAGGCAACAGAGCCCCAAAGUCAGCUGAAAAGCAACUCCGUGGACCCUGUUGUCACCGAAGUGCCGACCAGAGCCCAUUCUGAAGUCCAGACUUCGCAGCCUGCUGCUGAGACCACAAUGCCCCCUUCAACUUCCUACAAUGAAACCGCGGCUUCAAACUCCUCUAUCACGGCUAUCCCGAUGCCUCAACCUCCCGUCGCUCAGCGCGACGGAGCCCCUGCCAUCGGAUUCGGAGACGCCGACAACGCAGCUGUUGGCCUGGUCACAACAGAUCCUGCUGGAAUUCCCGAUGCUGCAGAUGAGGCAGUAGCCGCGCUUCCCAAUGCUUCUGCGGGCCUAGUGGCCAGCGUGAAUGAAGUUGAGGAUUCGCGGCCUGCUACCAGUUCGAGUGAUAGUCCCUCUGAUGUUGUUAUGGGCGGAUCUGAGAGUUCGAAUUCCCAGGACGAAGAGCAAUCCCAAGAAGCCCAAGAAGAGCCGUAUCAAGUAGAGGAGUCAGAGUCCUCAGACGCCUACGAGCCGCCUGAAGCCUUUGCCCCCUCAGAUCCUGCCAAGUCUCCAUCCAUCAGUCCGGUGCCCGCAGGCAGUACUGUCUCGCUGGCUAAUAGUGAUGCUGACCCGCAGGAGUUGAAUUCAAGAGCCUCACCGAUUCCUGAACAGAUUUCACUGGGAGUAAACGAGUCAACACCCGAACAGGGAGUUGAUGCUGUUCCUCAACCCGCGGAAAACACUGAUGAGACGGCAACCAACAUCCAAUACACCCCCUACGAAAGUCCGCUGCAGUAUUUCCGUGCUUAUCGAUACCAUCCCAAGUUUGCUGAAACCGUCGCCGGAGGAUUACGAUCCCUCACCUUUAGCAAUAAGAUCGACCCAAAGCUUCCUAUUUGCCCCGACCAGCUGGCAAAUCGGGACUGCCCCAGAGGUGCUGACUGUAUCUACCAGCACUUCGAGACCAUGCAGCUGCCGGACGACCAAAUACUCCUCCAGCUUGGCGGCAGCCAAAUUGAUGGACCUCAGAAGGCGCAGUACAACGAUGGGCUGCGUAAACUCCUCCAGGAGAUGAGAUCACAAAACAUCAAGGACUUUCCUAGCAUUGCACAGGGCAUCGUCGACUACCACAACCGGUUUACCGGUGAUCCAUCGAAGAUCUUGCCAUUGGGCAAUAUCUCGAUAUAG